AACAAUUCGUCGGACAGAUCGCGCAUCUGUCGGCGGGCAAUGUGUGAGCACCGGUCCGGAGGUUCCUGUCGCGAACUGCAGGGCAUUGUGCCGGCUUGGUCCAGUGGAUGGUUGUCCGCAUGCUCGCGCACUUCCCUGCCGCGAAUCAUCUGCUGCUGAUGUUCCCUUCCUUCGUGUUCGAUUCUCCGUUGUGGUCUCGCACGAGGCGCAACAUGGACGUGAUCAUGCGGCAUUGGCUAUUUGAGCAGUAUAACUCUGCUCUGGAGGUAUAUAUGAGACUAGCGGAGAUGGUCGCAGAACGCUUGCGAUGGUCCACGCUUCUCGCGGGCUCAGCAAUAGCUACCGCCACGUCGGCCGCUCCUUCCGGGUUCCCUGUAUCUGGAAAUGGACUAUGGUACAGGACCCCAGGUACUAUUUGGUCCAAAGAAUGGCUUCCCGUCGGCAAUGGAUAUCUCGCAGCUAUGACGCCCGGAGGGACCACAUUCGAGACCACCCAGCUAAACAUCGAGUCUCUUUGGUCUGGCGGACCAUUUCAGGACCCUACAUAUAAUGGAGGUAACAAGCAACCAUCCCAACGCGCACAAAUGGCCACGGAUAUGCAGAACAUCCGCCAAACGAUCUUCACGAACGGGACUAUUGACAAUGUCGAGGUGCUCAGCACAGAUCCUGGGGCGUAUGGAUCCUACUCUGGAGCAGGAUACCUUCUCACGAGCUUGAACUCUACAAGCCACUCUUCAAAUUAUACGCGCUGGCUAGAUCUCGACGCUGCCGUCGCCCGCGCUUCAUGGAGUUCGGGGAAUGGCACUUUGAUCCGGACUUCGUUCUGCUCGCAUCCUCUUCAAGCGUGUAUUCAACACUUGUCUUCUGCCCCUUCCAGUACAAUUCCGACGAUCACGCAUGCCUUCUCCGCUGCGCUAGAAGAUGGCUUGCCGACGCCUACCGUCACCUGUCUCGACAAUAGCACUUUGCAGGUCGAAGGGCUUGUGUCAGAUCCUGGAAUGGCUUACGAGCUGCUUUUCCGCGCAAGCGCUGUUGGAAACAGCUCUCGCGUUGCUUGCGUGCCAUCAGGUACAGGGAAUGCUACGCUAACCAUCACCGGCGCGACGGAGGCAUGGGUCACCUGGGUCGGUGACACCGAAUAUAACAUGAAUGCGGGUGAUGCUGCGCACAACUUCACGUUCCGCCAAGAGCUCCCUCAUGACAAGCUUGUGUCGCUCUUAGAGACCGCAUCGCCGUCGUCUCAAACCCCAUCGUCAAGCACGUACGCAUCCCUGCUAGCACAGCAUACAGCAGCAUACACCUCCAUCUUGGGCCCUUUCGCGCUUUCCCUAGGGCAGAAGCCCGAUCUCACAAGCUCGACAGAUGAGCUGAAAGCCGCCUAUCAGACGAAUAUCGGCAACAGCUAUCUCGAAUGGCUCCUGUUCAACUUUGGGAGGUAUCUCCUCGCGAGCAGCGCCCCCGGUGUGUUACCUGCGAACCUCCAGGGAAAGUGGGCGGACGGAUCGUCUAAUUCUUGGGGUUCUGAUUAUCACUCGAAUAUCAACCUUCAGAUGAAUUAUUGGUUCGCAGAGAUGACAGGCAUGAGCAGUGUUGUGGUUCCAUUGUUCAACUACAUAGAGAAUACCUGGGCACCACGAGGUGCCUACACCGCAGAAGUGCUAUACAACAUCAACCAGGGCUGGGUUACACAUGACGAGAUGAAUGUAUUUGGCCACACAGGCAUGAAGCUAUCGGGGAACUCUGCGGAGUGGGCUGAUUAUCCCGAGUCUGCGGUCUGGAUGAUGGUACAUGUUUGGGAUCACUUCGACUUCUCAGGCGACUCGCAGUGGUGGAAGUCGCAAGGGUGGCCGUUGCUGAAGGGUGUCGCCCAGUUCCACAUAUCGAAGCUAAUUCCAGAUGAGCAUUUCAACGAUUCCACACUGGUCGUGGCUCCUUGCAAUUCGCCAGAGCAGGUGCCCAUCACGCUUGGUUGUGCGCAUGCGCAGCAAUUGAUUUGGCAGCUUUUCAAUGCCGUCGAGAAGGGGUACGCCGCCUCUGGUGAUAAUGACGAAGCAUUCCUGAGUGCGGUCCUCUCUCAACGAGCGCAAAUGGAUAAGGGCAUCCAUAUCGGCUCGUGGGGUCAGCUUCAAGAAUGGAAGAUCGACAUGGACUCUCCGAACGACACACACCGCCACCUGUCGCACCUCGUCGGCUUGUACCCGGGAUAUGCGCUGGCUUCAUACAAUUCCUCGAUCCAAGCGCCGCCACACGGGACAGCAUAUACCAAGGCGGAAGUGCUAAAUGCCACGCAGACCAGUCUCAUCCAUCGUGGGAACGGGACAGGACCAGACGCAGACUCAGGAUGGGAGAAGGUAUGGCGCGCGGCAGCCUGGGCUCAGUUUGCAAAUAGCUCCACGUUCUACGAAGAGCUUUCUUACGCCGUGGAGCGAAACUUUGCGCCGAGCCUGUUUAGCAUGUACGACCCGUUCGACGCGGAUCCUAUCUUCCAGAUUGAUGCGAACUUUGGGUAUCCCGCUGCUCUCCUGAACGCAUUAAUCCAGGCCCCCGAUGUAGCGUCGCUAACAUCGCCGCUCAUCGUUACUUUGCUUCCCGCUCUUCCUACCACCUGGCCCACCGGCUCCAUUGAAUCUGCUCGUAUCCGAGGCGGCAUGUCUCUGGAUAUGGCCUGGGCCGACGGAAAGCUGACGAGUGCUGCUAUCUCGGUGAAUAGUUCGUCUGGAGCGGUGGAAAGGAGCGUCGAAGUGGUCUACCAAGGAAAGACCGUGGCGUCAUUUACUGCUAGUCCAGGAGCCAAUUUCACUAUCCCGUAACAGAGGUGUAUUCGAAGACCAAUAACAGCUAGGGAAUAUAUCAGGUCUUGCGUAGCAUU